CUUAGUAGCUCUCGCUCUCUAGAAUUGGGAAGCUUCGUCUCCCUCCCUCUCCCCUCAAGGGGAUUUCAUCCCAAAUCCCCGAUUUUUGAUAGUCCUUUUUUGAUUCUUCAAUUGAAGGAUUGAAGUAUUGUUUUGAGAUUUUUUCCUCCUAGCCAGAAGGUCGGAUUUUUUUGGGAUUUCUAGGUUUUUCCGGGAAUUUUUCUAAGAUGGGUUUGGAAUCAGAUUCCGACUGUUUCGGCAAAAUGAUGGCUUCGAUGCCGGGGUUUCGCUUCCACCCUACGGACGAGGAGCUGGUCAUGUAUUAUUUGAAGAGGAAGAUGUCGGGGAAGAAGCUAAAGCUCGACGUGAUCCGGGAGACUGACGUCUACAAGUGGGAGCCUGAGGAAUUGCCUGCACAAUCUCAACUAAAAACUGGAGAUAGACAAUGGUUUUAUUUCAGUCCCAGAGAUAGGAAGUACCCUAAUGCUGCAAGGUCAAGUAGAGCAACAACACAAGGAUACUGGAAAGCUACAGGAAAAGAUCGUAAUGUGACAUACACUUCCCGAACAGUUGGAGUUAAAAAGACACUGGUUUUUUAUAAAGGCAGGGCGCCUAAUGGUGAGCGCACUGAUUGGGUUAUGCAUGAAUACACCUUGGAUGAACGAGAGCUUCAAAGAUGCCAGGGCAUUAAGGAGUAUUUUGCACUCUACAAGCUUUACAAGAAAAGUGGACCUGGCCCUAAAAAUGGUGAGCAGUAUGGUGCACCAUUUAAUGAAGAAGAGUGGGCAGAUGAUGAUUUUGUAGAUCGUAAUGUAAACUCAGCUGACUGUGAAGUUACAACACAGCAACCUGAUGGCGUUACUUCUGUUGAUGCCGUCAAUGUUAAUGAUCCACUACAACCGUUGCUCGAUGAUGAAAUUGAGGAGAUCAUGAAGAAACUUAUGGAAGAUGAAUCUCUCCUCGAACAGCAAAAUGUGAACAGUCAUCCCGCCUUACCUCUGGGGGUUGCUGAGGAAACGCUGAAUGGCGUGGUUGAUCAACUCUGUAGGGAAGUCAUGUUUCCUGAGCCAUUUGGAAUUUUUCACUUGAGCGGUGAUCAGCAAUGUGGAGUGGGUCCCAGUUCUGACUUCCCUCAGUCAGCUAUUUCUCACCUGCAAAUGUCUGAAGCUCCUGAGGUCACUUCUACUCCCAACACUAAAGGCACUCCCAACACUAAAGGAGCGGAAACUGGCUUUUGUGAGGAUGACUUCUUGGAAUUGGAUGAUCUCAUUGGCCCAGAAGAUGCAUUGCUAAACAUCAAUAAGCCUGUGGAGAACCUGCAGUUUGAAGAUGGAUUAAGUGAACUUGAUCUGCACCAUGAUGCGCAGAUGUUUAUUCAUGACAUGGGGCCAAUUUCAUAUCCAUAUAUGAACACUCUGGAUAGUACUAUCGCAGAUCAAAAUUAUGAGCUGCUGUCCAAUCAAGAAAAUGAAAAUCAAACUGGUGAACUCAUGAUGCAUGCUCAAAGAAACAUCCUGCACUCAGCAGAACCCAUCAAUAUUUCUACAUCUCUGCCAACAUCAGGUAUAUGUUAUGAGUCUGCCAGCUUUCCUGUUGAAGGCAAUGAAACUCAAGAUAGCACCGUCGGAGGUGUUGCUGCAAGUAAAUUAUCUUCUUCUCUCUGGAACUUUGUUGAGUCAAUACCAACCACUCCUGCAUCAGCAUCUGAAAAUGCUUUGGUGAAUCGGGCCUUCGAGCGGUUGUCUAGCUUCAAUAGGUUGAAGAUCGGUGUUGAGGAAACAAACGUUGCUGCAGGUAAUGACACUGCAAGUAUGAAGAGAGCGGGCAAGAAAGGGGUUAUCUUCUUUUUCUUUCCGGUUCUUGUUGCCUUGUGUGCUUUCUUAUGGGUUUCUCUAGGAACCUUAAGACUAUUAGGUGUACCUAACUCUUGAUGAUGUAGGUUCAAAGUUUUGCUGCUGUGUAUAUUUUAUCUGGGAAGACCCCGGAAUUAAGAAUGAAUGAAUGCUAUUUUCUAGCAUAUUCUGAAAACCAAGAAAAAAAUUGUGAAUAUUCUACUUGAUAUUAAGUUUUAGGUUAGCGUCAAUCGGGGUAAGAUUAACAGAAAGGGCCCUCGAAGGAAUUCAGCAAGGGUUGCAGAAUUUUUAGACAAAUCUCAUUGGAGUUGUAAAAAGUAAUUACCCUGACGAGCUUUUUGUAUUUUGGUAUUCAUAAUAUAUAUAUAUAUUCCUUUCAUUACUCCCUUUUUGGAGAUUGGUUGUACAUAUAUGAGGACGCGUUGGUGAAAUUUCAGUAUUUGUAUAAAGUGUUUUUUGAUCGUUUGUUC